GGUAACUGGUUCUUUACGAUGCCUAAUGUGGCGACUAUUGACGGUCCGACGGAUUAGUUUUUGAAACAUUAUUCCUGAAGUUUCGCAAGAUCGCCCGACUUGAGUGGUUAUCGCUCGAGGGCGAAUAUUCCAAGUCCAGCAAAUGGUGCCAAGGUUUCUCCCUCUCCCUAUGUCUCAAUCAGAUUAAGAGAUUGGGCGACACCCUCUUCGGUAUCAUUCGUGUCUGGUUCCGAGGCCUGGAUGUCUCCACGCGGGGCUGUUUAUGGAGAAAUGCAGCAACACCGAGGUACCUUGUGCCGAUCAAACGACAGAUUGUUGUAUAUAGGAUAUCUAGACACCGGUUUUCUCUUCUCUUAUAUCCCGAAUGAGCUAUUUUUUGUUCGUUGCAUCUACCGAUCUUUGUCUGCAGUAUUUGUUUCCGUGGUCUCCUACUCUCUUGGGCCGCAUUUCAUCUGAUUAGGCUCGACGACAAGAUGUCGAACUUUCAGAACAUAAUCAGAGAAGCUUGCAGUAGCAGAGAUAUUGCAGGUGCAAUUCUAGUAGGGGGGGAUAGCUCUGGAAAAUUCUAUUAUGCCAAAGCCUUCGGGUCUCAGUCUCUUAAAGAUCCCUCGAAGCCCAUGAAUUUGGACAGUGUCAUGUGGUUUGCUUCCUGCACAAAACUAUUCACAACCAUCGCGGCAUUACAAUGUGUUGAGCGAGAACUUUUGGAUCUCGAUGGUGAUAUCACUGAGAUCUUACCGGAAUUCAAAGGUGUACAGAUCUUGACAGGUUUUGAUGAAGAAAGCGGGAAGCCAGUCUUAAUAGAUAACCAUAAAACUAUAACACUUCGACAUCUUUUAACCCACUCAUCCGGACUUUCAUACGAUGUUUUCGAUCCGUUGCUAUCACGAUACACAGAAUAUAUCAGUGAAGGCUCGCCGAUGCCCACAGACGGAGAAAUUCUAGUCAAAGAACGCUUUAAAUUCCCACUUCUGUUUGCCCCUGGUGAGUCAUGGAACUAUGGAGUUGGUAUUGAUUGGGCUGGCCAGAUGGUAGAAAGAGUCAAUGGCAACAUCUCCUUGGAAAGAUACUUCAGAAAGAACAUAUGGGGGCCUCUUGGCAUAGAAAACAUAACCUUUCAUCCGACCCAGCACCCAGAGAUUUUCUCAAAAUUAAUCGCAAUGAGUAAACGAGAAGGAGGCAUCACUCGGUAUGGAACGACGGACAAUGCCACGGGUAAAGCCCAAUAUACCAGUCAAGUACCAUUUGAUCCAGCUACCAAAGACUGCCAAGGAGGCGCUGGGACAUUCGGAAGUCCCGUCGACUAUUUCAAGUGUUUGCAAAGUAUUUGUGCCAAUGAUGGGAAACUACUAAAAUCGGAAACUGUUGACGAGAUGUUCAAGCCGCAGCUGAGUGAAGCCUCAAGAAAAGGCUUGAUGAAGGCCCUUUCGGUCCCAGAAGUUAAUGAAGUUUUUGGUGCAUUUCCCAAGGGGUUGAAAGCGGAUUGGGGUCUCGGAGGUAUCAUGAAUCUGGAAGAUAUUGGUGGUAGAAGCAAAGGCUCAAUUGCUUGGGGAGGAUAUCCAAAUCUUCAAUGGUGGAUCAACCGUAAAGAUGGAAUGUGCGGUAUAUGGGGCUCACAGCUUAUUCCACCUGGAGACCCAAAGACAAAUCGAUUGGUUACUGCUUUUGAGGAGGAAAUGUAUAGAAAGGUGAGUGUUUCUCGGGAGAAGUUGUGAGGUUCGAGGGUUGAUUUGGUAAGUAAUUAUUUGGAGCCUGUUGCAGGUCAGUAUGUUUGGAUCCUAUCUCUUUCUCCAGCAAGUGAAAGUCACAAACUGUAUCUUAUGAUGAUGGUGUUUCUUGGUGCAGAAGGGAUUUUCCUUCGUGAAGAGUGCUACAUACGAAGCAUUCCAAAGUUCACAUUUAUACAGAAUUAUUCAUUUCUGAAGACGACCAAAAACAAAUGCAAGAUUGACUUUCA